AUGAACAAUUUCACUGUCUUCACUGAGUUCAUCCUUCUCGGGCUGUCUGCUGACCCCCACAUUCAGGCUCUGCUCUUCGUGCUCUUCCUGUUGAUUUACCUCCUGACCUUGGUGGGGAACCUGGUGACGAUCCUGGUGAUUGGAGCUGAUUCUCACCUCCACGCUCCCAUGUACUUCUUCCUCCAACAUCUGUCCUUCCUGGACAUCUACUUCUCCUCAGUCACUAUGCCCAAAAUGCUACAGCACUUCUUGUCUCUGAAGAAAAGCAUCUCAGUGUGGGGCUGCAUCACCCAGAGUUUCUUUUUCACUCUCUCUGGGGGAACCGAAGCCUGUCUGCUCUCUGCCAUGGCCUAUGACCGCUAUGCCGCCAUCUGUCACCCUCUGCUCUACAGUGUGGUCAUGAACAGGCCUCUCUGCACCGCAAUGGUCAGUGCAGCAUGGGUGAUGGGGUUUCUGAGCUCACUAGUAAAUAAUGUUUUCAUCCACAAGUUACAUUUCUGUGGGUCCAACAUCAUCUCCCACUUCAGCUGUGAGCUGCCUUCACUAUUCCCACUGUCCUGCACUGAUCCCACUGCCAACAAGUUGCUUCUGUCUGGGUCAAGUGCAUUUCUGGGGCUGCUGACACUUUCCCUGAUCCUCUUCUCUUACUCCAGAAUCAUCUCUGCCAUCCUAAGCAUCCGCUCCUCUGGGGGCCAAGGCAAAGCCUUCUCCACCUGCCCCUCCCACCUCACCGUGGCGCUCUUGUUCUACGGGACAGCUCUAUUCAGGUACAUUUGCCCUCCCACAGGCUCACUGUUGGAGCCAGUGGUCUCCAUUCAGUACAGUGUGAUCACAUCCUUGCUGAACCCCAUCAUCUACAGCCUCAAGAACCAGGAGGUGAAGGCAGCUCUGCAGAGGAUGCUGAGGCAGCAAAUGUGUUCCUCAGAGGAGGGAGUCUUUGUGUAG